AUGACGUCGUUCGCACAGACCGUAUUCUAUGUUCUGGCUGGAUUGUUCAACGUAUUUCUUCUCUACUUUCGAAAAACAAACAGAGCGUAUUGCAAGUAUCAAGUUGUCAAAUAUCACAGUAACAUACCCAUGUCUCCUCUCACAACGCACAGAUUAUUGACUGUUAAGAGGAAAAUCCUUGUCUUGGAUCUCGACGAAACGCUCAUUCAUUCUCACCACGAUGGUGUGCUUCGCCAAACGGUCAAGCCAGGAACGCCGUCUGAUUUCACGAUACGGGUUGUGAUCGAUCGUCAUCCGGUAAAAUUCUCAGUUCACGAACGUCCACAUGUUGAUUACUUCCUUACUGUCGUCAGCCAAUGGUAUGAGCUGGUAGUGUUCACAGCAAGUAUGGAAGUAUAUGGAUCAUCUGUAGCUGAUAAGCUCGAUCGUGGACGUGGGAUUCUCAAGAGACGGUACUUCCGACAGCAUUGUACCAUGGAGGUUGGCGGCUAUACAAAGGAUUUAUCGGCAAUUCAUCCAGACCUUUCCAGUAUUUGUAUCCUCGAUAACUCCCCAGGAGCCUAUCGAAAGUUCCCACAUAACGCAAUCCCAAUUCCCUCCUGGUUCUCCGAUCCAAACGAUACGUGUCUUUUGAAUCUCCUUCCGUUCCUCGACGCUCUACGGUUCACAUCAGACGUGCGAAGUGUUCUCUCCAGAAAUAUGCAGGUGCUGCCAGAAACACAAACCGUCCAGUACUACUGA